GAGGCAGAAAACCUAGAAAAACCUGAGUGAAGAUAGAUAGAGGAGAUACAUUCUAGAUAAGCUACGGUUAAUAUAUAGUGAGGGCCAGGAGCUCAGGUGCUUAGCUUAGCUUAGCAUAGCAUAAAGACCGGAAACAGCAAGUGUAGCUAGCUCUGACUAAAGGACUCAGAAGGAAAGAUGAGGUCUCGCCUGGUUUUCCACGUCGCCUGCGUGACCCUGCUGUCACUGUGCUGCAGCGUGUGCCACUCCACUCCCCUGUUCUACAACAUAACCAUGGACGGCAGCGGCGACGAGGCCGAGCCGGAGCUCAUCUUCCCGUCCUCGUUCUCCACCAAGGCCCCCGCCGCCCACGUCACCGCGGCCACUGGCGCUCCCACCCUCACCAACACCAUCACCACCACCAUGAUCCGCCUCAAGGACUUCGUCCUGAGCCGCGUGGUGGACUUCCUGCAGGAGCACCUGCUCAUCAUCAUUGUCGUGACCUCCCUCCUCAUCGUCAUGGUCUUCAUCAUCUGCUGCGCCUCUGCCAUGAGUCACAAGCGCAAGCUGGAGGCGUACAAGCCCCCCACUCAUCCGGCCAAGAAGCACGCGGCCGACAAAACCGGAGGAGGACGCAAGAAUUCGAGUGAGCUCCAGGAGAGGCCAUACGCCGUCGACCAUGUCAAGAGGGUCCAGAUCCAGGGCAUGGCCUCCCCCAAGAACCUGCGCACGCCCUCCAAGGCGCUGGUGGGGGAGAGGGGGAGAGACGUCCGGUCGUCGCCUCGCCAGGAGGCCAGGAAGGUCAGAGACGUGGAGGAGGUGGAACGGCGGAGAGAGGAACCCAAGCGCAAAGAGCAGGCGAAGCACAGGGACGAGGUGCAGCAGAGCUCCAGCCCCGGCACCAGCUCCAGCCAGCCGGUCUGCACCUGCCACCUGAAAAAAGCCCACCACUAGGCUCAGGAUCUGGGAUUAUGUCGGAGUAAGAGGUGAACAUGGCGUUAGAACGAGAUUAUUCCGCACACGCACACACACACACACAUAAAGGCAAAAUGUCAAAAAAUUGAUGUCAUUCCUCAUGUAAGAAACCCUCACAUCUAAACACUGAAGGAAAUUUAAUGCUAGGUGUUUUAUUCGAAGUGAAGUGAAAUAUUAAACAGAGGCAAACACACAAAUGUUGGUCAUAACUCUGAUUUUUUUUAUUUUAUUUUAUUAUUUUUUUUGACUGAUUCAAGUCGAUUUUACGUUUCCUAGAACUGAUGCUGGCAGACGCGAGCUAAGGUGGCUGAUUUCUCUGAAAGCUUGGAGCCUUUCAGUUUGAAAGGACUGGUUUACUGAAAACUCCUCGUAGUGGUCUGUCGCUUGGUUUAUAUUUGUGGUUAAAGUAGCACGAGUUCAGCCAAACAUAAAACCGCCGUGCUACUAAGAAUAUGUUUUCCUAUGACUAAAACUUGCUGAGAGAAUAAAGAGGUAACACAUGCAAAGAAAAAAUGGGCAGCUUGUAAUUCUUCACGCUUGUCACUCCGACGUGCAGUUUAUUUCUCCGUGUUCUUGUCCCGGGGAACCUCCUCGAUGCGUCCCGCUGUGCGACAUCUUUUUAGCAGCUGUGAGAGCCCUAAGUCUUUUAGGAGCAGAAUCUUUGGUGCUGUAAAUAAGGCAAAGUGAAACGCCAGUAAACUUGAUGAGUAGCAAACCGUUCUCUUUAUAUUUACGUUCAUAUUUACUUUUAUUUUAGUUUUUUUUUUUUUUGAAUAAUGUUAUUUUAUAUUAUCUUUUUGUAUUUUACUUUAAGAAUCAAAUUCACAAAGCUAUAAACUAAACGCAGAAUAUGCCAUUUUAUUUCCGGGUUAUCUGAAUUAUAAACAUAAAUAUACAUCUUCUAUCUCUUUGUUUACAUAUUUAUUUGAUGAUAAUUUUAUAAUCUUCUUUUUUUAAUUUUGUUUAAAGGAAUAAUAUGUAUAACAUAAAUUAUGCGUUUUACUUUUAAUGUAAAGAUUUGAAAUAACCCAAAUACCUCUUGAAUAAGAUAGUUAUUCUGUUAUAAUAGGCUAAACGCUUUAAAUUUUGAUUUGAUUAAAUUAUUCCAAAGAAGAACAUUAUUAUAAAGCCCCAUCGCUUGAGUCAAUGACUCUAAACUAAAUGUGUGAUUUGCAGCUUGUGUGAUUUAUGGGCCAGUGUCUCGUCGUCUUUAAAUUCUCCUCUGAACCUCACACACUUUGAGCUUCCUCCAUGACGGCUGUAUUGUUUACAAAAUGACAGUUCUGUAUUUCUCAUGUUUAAUAAAAACUAUUGCUGACGA